UAUAACUUGAAUGCCUUUAAGUCGCUUUGGACAGCAGUUGCGUCUAAUGCGUAACGCAGUAGUCCCUUUAAAAAGAGCGUCGAUCAGAAAAUUCACCAAACGCGUGACAGAAGAUGUACAGACGACAAAACAGAACAGCUAUUAUCUUCUAUAAAAUAAUGCAUACUACAACAUCCUAAAAAAUAUCAUUCAAUACAAAUUGAGUGAGUAAACUACGGAUCAUAUCGGUAUUCUCAACCUGCGCUUCAAUACAUAGCAUCGCAUUAGAAUGAAGGUCAAAAGAAGAUGAAUCUCCGCCAGGAUGAAGGACGCCGGUCUGAUGUGUCAAGAAAAACGACGAAUGGCUUGUUAUUAGAUGCACCGAAAAGCGUAAUGGCUUUGAUAGCUUGAGGAAAGUAUAUACGGAUCAGGAUCAGUUCAUGUUUUCCGAAAUGUCCGCGUCCCAUCCGUUCAUCAUCCCACGCUUGAGCAUCUCUGAAUCGCAUCACAAACCCGAGCAGCGCUAUGAGCAACUGAAAUGAAUAGUAGGUACACGCUUUUGAAUGUCCUCUAAAUGACUCCUCCUGUACUACUGGAGCUUUGAAGAGAUCAUGUGGCCAAACCCACUGGGUUGAGAUAGGUACCGGCAGGGGAUCUAUAUAAAGGGUGACAUAGUUUGAAAGAACUGGCAGUUUACUGUUCCUCAGCAUCCGGAUCUCUUACAAGGAGGAUAUCUAAAAACACAAAUAAUCAUGUCUCAUUCUUGGGGUUAUGGUGCACAUGAUGGGCCAGAAACGUGGGAGGAAAGCUUUCCCAUUGCAAACGGACCCAGGCAAUCUCCCAUUGAUAUCGUACCCACCCAAGCACAACAUGACCCUUCUCUGAAGAGAAUUAGACUGAAGUACGAUCCUGCUGCGGCUCAGAGCAUCCUCAAUAAUGGCCAUUCAUUUCAAGUGGAUUUCGCUGAUGAUGAUGACAGCUCAACUCUGACUGGAGGCCCUAUUACUGGAACAUACAGGCUGAGACAGUUUCAUUUCCACUGGGGAUCCAGUGAUGACAAGGGCUCAGAGCACACUAUUGCUGGUGCCAGGUUCCCCUGUGAGCUUCAUCUUGUUCACUGGAACACAAAGUACCCAAACUUCGCAGAAGCCGCGUCACAGCCUGAUGGCCUUGCAGUGGUUGGAGUUUUUCUGAAGAUCGGUUCUGCCAAUCCGAGUCUUCAGAAAGUUCUUGAUGCCCUCGAUGACAUCCAAGCAAAGGGCAACCAGACUACAUUUGAUAACUUUGAUCCUAAAACCUUGCUGCCUGCUUCUUUGGAUUACUGGACUUAUGAUGGGUCUCUGACCACACCCCCUCUUUUGGAGAGCGUCACCUGGAUUGUUCUGAAAGAUCCCAUCAGUGUUAGCCCUGUACAGAUGGCUAAGUUCCGUAGCCUGUUGUUCACGGAUGAAGAAGAGGCACCUUGCUGCAUGGUUGACAAUUAUAGACCACCACAACCUCUCAAGGGACGCAAAGUCCGCGCGUCCUUCAAGUAAAUAGCACAACCCCGCCACCUCACCCCCUGCAUGUCUGUGCAUUAAUCACGACGUUCCUGUUUCUGGCUACUAUUCAAUAACAUUCCCAGUGGAAAUCUGAAACUUUAUAGUGUUUGUGACCCUGGACCACAAACCUGUCAUAAGUAGCACAGGUAUAUUUGUAGCAAAAGCCAAAAAUACAUUGUGUGGGUCAAAAUGAUAAAUUCUUCUUUUAUGCCAAAAAUCAUUAGGAUAUUAUGUAAAGAUCAUGUUCCAUGAAGAUAUUUUGUAAAUUUCCUGCUGUAAAUAUAUCAAAAUUUGAUUUUGAUGCAAUUGCAAAACAUUUGUUCAGAUUCUAGAUUUUCAAAUUGUUGGAUUUCGGCCAAAUAUUGUUCUAUUAUACAUAAUUAUACAUCAAUGGAAAGCUUAUUUAUCCAGCUUUCAGAUUAUUAAAAAAAUGACCCUUAUGACUGGUUUUGUGGUACAGGGUCACAUGGACCACAUGAUCUCAGGCCCUUUACAAUAAGAUAAUGUAGAAUAAAAAAACAAGAAAGUUGGUUAUAAAGUUCUUGGGAUAUUUGAAAGAUGAAAACAGACACUACUGUGUAUUAUUAUUAUUUUGUAAAAUAUUAUAUAUUUUUAAGAAAAUGUCUCUAUAGUUUUUAAAUUUAAAUUAACAGUCAGACGACAUGAAAAGCAUCAUUUGGCCUAAAAGUUUAUUCUGAUUUCUUGAACGUCUCGGAAACAGUGAUCAUUAAUGCGCAUUUAACUGCAAUAGAAAAAUCUCUCAGGAUCGUGUCAGAUUACUUUUCUAACAUCUAACAUUUAUCUAAUUCUGAUCACAGGUGAUCAUUUUAAUCCAGUCCUUUAUAUCAGUCAGGUAUAUCAGUCCUGCUUUAAAGAUUUAUUAUAGCACAUAUUAUAGAUUAUUCAAUAGGAAAUGCAUUGUGGGACAUUUUUGACAUAAUUGUUCCAUCUGGGUUUAUGGUGAUGGGUAUAUUUAUCAUUUGUGUUGAGUAAAUGUAUAAAAUACCUUCCAGGAAACACAUAAUGACAGUGACAUCAUUAUGUUUAAUAGCAAAAUGAUGUUACUGUCGAUAUGUGUUAUCUAGAAGGCGAUUUAAAUAUUUAAAUGAAUUUAAAGGGAAUAAAGUUGUAAUGUUUUCUAAGAAUGUUGUAUGAAUGAUGUCUUGCUGUUUGUAUGAUGAUAUAAGCCUAUAUUUUUAAUAAUCAGAAGUUUAAUGACUAGUAUUGCAUACGAAUAACAAAGUCUGCAAAUUAGUCAUGUGAUAGGAAUUGUAUGAGCAAUAAAUAAAUAUAUAUAUUUUAACCAACAA